AUGUUUAAUUAUGUGAAUUCAGGUUAAAGAACUGCCAAUGAUUUCAGAAGAAGCUUUAAUCAUCCACUUAACCCAGGUAUUUCGAUAAUUCAAUUUCAUGAGAUUAUAGGUAUGAAUGAGCCUGGAUCUGUACCUGCAUUCAAUGGUUCAAAGGGAAAUCCAGUAAUAACAAAGAAGGAUAUUUUGAGAGAAAGAUCACAAACUGCUUCUGGAAAACAAAACCAAAUAGGUUUAAAAGCAGGACUUAAUCCUUAUCAAUAUGUACCAAGAAGUAAAUAAUAGUCAAAGAGAUCUAAUACCUAAGCUAAGUAUGGAGCAGGCCAAAAAGCGUAAAAUCAAUCAUAAAUCCCUCAAGGUCAAACUUUGAAUGAACCAUAAAUUCCUAGAUUUAACGAAAAUCUCGAUACUGUGUCCGUUAAAAAGAGUCAAGGACCCAAAAGUAUCAUUUCAACUUAAAGCAAAUAAGUAAAUAAACAGCAACCAUUGAUUGGUGGAUCAAGACCUGGAACCUCUGCUAGUAGAGGAAAUGGUCAACAGUUCAACAAACAAAAAAUACUUGAUGCUGUUGAGAAGCUUAGUGAAAAAGACUUGGAAAAGGUCAGCAAAAUUUUAGAAGAUAACACAGGUGCAGAGGAUCAAUCGAAUUUCCAAGAUGAAUUGAAUGACAGAGUCGAUGAUUUAUAAGAAAACUAGAAUGAUGGAGGUGCUAAUGAUAAGGAUGAGACUUUAAGUAGAGCAUCAAGGUCAAGCAGGUAUUCAGCCAUCCCUAAGAGCGAGAUUUCGAAGCUCAGCAACAAGACAUAUAUUCAACACUUGCAAACUGAACUUGAGGAGGAGAAGCAGGCUAGACUGAAACUCGAAAGAGAAUUGGAUGAACUUAAGAAGCUAAGCAGCGAGAUCAGCAGUCACCUUGGCCUCAAUAAAAAGUGA